AUGGUAACAACUUUAUGUUUUGAUUCUAAGAAAUAAUUAGCACUGUAAUCAGGUUAUCUUCAAUUCCACAAGUUGAAGAUAAAAAUAGAAGGAUUGCUUUUAUUAAUCCUAGAAGUUUGUGACAUUAUUAGAGGAAAAUUAAUUAUAGAAAGUGGAAUAUAAAACUCAUAUCUUGAGAUUUAAAUUGCAGUUGAGAGUGAAAUUGACGAGUACACAAUAGAAUUGGUCUGGAUCACUGAUAGCAGUGAGGAAUAGGUCGUGGAUUUGGCGAUUAAAUAUUAGGAAUUGUCAUAUUGA